UAGCGGACCUGCGACGGAGUCCCGGGCGGCGGCUGCGCGGACUGGCGGCGGGACGGACUUCGGAGACCGCGCCGCUUGCUGCAGGUUACCAUGGCUGCCGUUGACAGCUUCUACCUCUUGUACAGGGAAAUUGCCAGGUCUUGCAAUUGCUAUAUGGAAGCACUGGCCUUGGUGGGAGCCUGGUACACAGCCAGAAAGAGCAUCACGGUCAUCUGUGACUUCUACAGCCUGGUCAGGCUGCACUUCAUCCCUCGCCUGGGGAGCAGGCCCGACCUCAUCAAGCAGUAUGGAAGAUGGGCUGUCGUCAGUGGGGCCACAGAAGGCAUUGGGAAGGCCUAUGCUGAGGAGUUAGCGAGCCAUGGACUCAACAUCAUCCUGAUCAGCCACGAAGAAGAGAAGCUGCAGGCGGUGGCCAAGCACAUAGCUGACACCUACAGGGUGGAGACAGUUGUCAUGGUAGCAGACUUCAGCAGAGGCCGGGAGAUUUAUGCUCCAAUCCGAGAAGCCCUGAGAGACAGAGACAUUGGCAUCCUGGUGAAUGACAUGGGUGCAUUCUACCCCUAUCCCCAGUAUUUCACCCAGAUUCCUGAGGACACGCUCUGGGACAUUGUGAAUGUGAACAUUGCGGCUGCAAGCUUGAUGGUCCACAUAGUGCUUCCGGGAAUGGUGGAGAGAAAGAAGGGUGCCAUUGUCACAGUGUCUUCUGGCUCCUGCUGCAAGCCCACACCGCAGCUGGCUGCCAUUUCUGCAUCCAAGGCCUAUCUGGACCACUUCAGCCGAGCCCUGCAGUAUGAGUAUGCCUCUAAAGGGAUCUUCGUGCAGAGUCUGAUCCCCUUCUACGUGACCACCAGUGUGACUUCACCUGGCAGCUUCCUGCACAGAUGCCCGUGGCUAGCACCUUCGCCAAGAGUGUAUGCACAGCAUGCGGUGUCGACCCUGGGCAUUUCGAAAAGGACCACAGGCUACUGGUCCCACUCCAUUCAGUUUCUUUUCGCACAGUAUAUGCCUGAGUGGCUCUGGGUGUGGGGAGCAAACCUCCUCAACCGCUCCCUACGGAAAGAGGCCUUAUCCUGCCAAGCCUGAAUCUGGAAGCUCGGGAGAAGCUGGGCCAAGCCACAGUAACCUGCAGUAUUCUGGCAUUUGGAAAACACAUUUAGUUCACCUGCAUAUUGUCUCUUUCUGAGUACCUAGUGUGUUGCCAUCUUUCACGAGGCCGACUUUCAGUCUGUGAGAAAACCUCAGGGACCACACGGGUGGCCCAGGGCACGAAGCCUGAGAACAGAAGGGAAGGCUUCCCUAGCAGUUAGAAUGGCCAGCUCCUGUAAGGGAAAACACCUGUUUUCCUCUUCUAGGUGAUUAUACUAUUGGCUUUCAAGUGUUCAUCACACUGGGCAUAGUGGCUCAUGCCAUUAAUCCCAGCACUCGGGAGGUGGAGACA